AAAACUUGAAGUUAUAAAUAAAAAAAUCAAAACAAGAAAAAUAAAAAACAUUCAAUGCUACUUUUCCCUCUUAUUUUCCUAGAAACUAGAAUUUGCACCCAAUUUCCACAGAUCGUCUCAGUGAUCAUCAAUGGCUUCCACACCUCGAACACGGCCCCCUAGACCGCCCUCCUCUCUAAGCCCUAACCCUAAUCCCACCAAGCAUAAAACCCCUUCUUCUUCUCGUCCUUCUACAUCAUCCAUCGCUAUUCCUCUAGAACCUUCCUCGAACUUCUUCCCUUCUUCUAAAUCAGAGUUCACACGGCUCCUCGCCGUCGUCUUUGUUGCCGCAGCCGUCGCAUUUGCCUGCAAUUACGUCUUCACAUUUCUCAAUUACCAGCCGAAACCUUUUUGCGAUAGCAAUCCCGAGUUCGAUGCCUCUCUCUCCGACUUCUGUGAGCCUUGUCCACUUAAUGGAGUAUGCCAUGAAGGCAAAUUAGAGUGUGCGCAUGGCUACCGGAGGCUCAGGAACUUAUGUGUUGAAGAUUCAAAUAUAAAUGAAGCAGCUAAGAAGCUCUCAAAGUCCGUGGAAGGUCUUCUCUGUGAAGAAUAUGCUCAAUUUUCAUGCACAGGCACUGGCAAUAUUUGGGUUCAAAGUAACCAAUUGUGGGAAAAAGUGAAUGAAUCUAAAAUAAUGGAUGAAUAUGGCUUGAACAAGGCGGUUUAUGCUCAUGCCAUGCAACGAGCCAUGGAGGCUCUUGGCAAGGUUUUGGAGAGAAGACUGAAUGAUCAAGGAAUUGAAGAGUUGAAGUGUCCAGCUUUGCUGGCCCAACAUUAUACACCAGUUUCCUGUCGCAUCCAGCAGUGGCUUUUUGAGCAUGCUUUGCUAUUGGUUCCAGCUUGUGCAUUGCUCCUGGGAUGCAUUUUCAUGCUGUUAAAACUCCGUCGGAUGUAUUACUUGUCAGUUAGAGCUGAACAGAUAUAUAAUGAGGCUUGUGAUGUACUUGAAGAGAAGGCAGUGAGUGCAAGAAGUAUGACGGGCAAGCAUGAAUCUUGGGUGGUGGCAUCACUGUUACGGGAUCAUCUUCUUUCACCGAAGGAAAGGAAGGAUCCAGUGUUAUGGAAAAAGGUUGAGCAGUUGGUUCAAGAAGAUUCUCGUCUAGAGAGAUACCCUAAGAUGGUCAAAGGUGAAAGUAAAGUGGUAUGGGAAUGGCAAGUUGAGGGUUCUUUAAGCUCUUCGGGUAAGAGGAAGAAGGCACAGGAAAGCAGGCUAGAGAGAGGUGAACGCACAAAUCUCUCCCCUCAGCAAAGGAACUGGCUAUUAAAGGCCGAGGAGCCUGUGAAUUGCUGAGCUCUAUCCUACGCUCUUGUUCGCGUGUUUUAAAUUGUUGUAUAGUAGUACUUUUUAUUGGCAAAAUGCAGUUCCCAGUUGUACACUUAGAUCCAUGAUACACGUUUCAGAAUAGCCUUGUAAAUCUGAUUAUUUAGUCUGGCGUGCAACAGAAACGCAACAAUUUUGGCUCUGAUGGAAUUCAUGUGGGAGCUUCAUAGUCCCUCUCUAAACGUACUUUCUUUAUGUCACAUUUGUGUCUAAUUGUGUUUGCUUUAUGCUUGGAUAAUA